UAUUCAUCUGUCAAAAGUUAUUUAUUUGCCGGUGGAUCCGCGUUUCGUUUUGAUUAUUUAAACACAAGCAAUUUCUUGUAAUUGUUCGCGCAUUUAGUGUCUGUUGUGUGUAUCGAAAAAAGUUUGUGGAAUCAGCCUUGAUUAUCCGUCGCGACUAUUUGGACUGGGUCCCCCUUGAACGACGACCUCCCACCACCGCCACCCCAUCGCCCCCCAACAAUACCGGGGCAGUCAGACAACUUUCGUGGGCACGGAGACGCGAGGGUAUACAGUUGAGAGACGCGACUAUAAAAUGCCCGACGAACUGCCGGAAACCCAUCCGGAACACCCGCGGAGGUUAAUCCCGGAACUCUGCAGGCAGUUCUACGACCUGGGCUGGGUCACAGGGACAGGUGGAGGAAUAAGCAUUAAAAACGGCGAAAAGAUCUAUAUCGCACCGUCCGGCGUCCAGAAAGAGAGACUCCAACCGGACGACAUGUUCGUCCAGAAUAUCAACGGCGUCGACUUGGAACUGCCGCCGCCCGAGAAGAAAUUGAAAAAGAGCCAGUGCACGCCACUGUUUAUGUGCGCGUAUACCCGCAGGAGUGCCGGAGCCGUCAUUCACACGCAUUCUAAGGCCGCCCUGAUCGCCACCAUGAUCUUCCCCGGCAAAGAGUUCAAGUGCACGCAUUUGGAGAUGAUCAAGGGGAUCAAGAAUCAAAAGCUGGGGCGGAAUUUCCGCUACGACGAAGAGUUGGUGGUGCCCAUCAUCGAAAACACGCCCUUCGAAGAAGAUCUCACGGAACGCUUGGAAGAAGCCAUCAGGGAGUAUCCGCAUACGUGUGCCGUGCUCGUUAGAAGACACGGGGUUUACGUGUGGGGCGAUACGUGGCAACAGGCGAAAACAAUGACUGAAUGUUACGAUUACCUGUUCGACGUCGUCGCUCAGCUGAAACAGCGGGGAAUCGAACCGUCGUGGACUCCGGAACAGUAUGAACUAUGCCAAAAAAGAAACGGCAACCAAUAAGAUAUCAUUUAACCUACCUAUAUGAACUAAUUGUAGGUUAUUGUGAAACGAAGGGAUUUGAUUUUCCGCUUACCUUAUAACUAACCAAAACUGCACGAAAACAUUUAGUAGUUCUACAUAAUUAUAAAAACGAAAUGGUUGCCAUGGGCACGCACAUGUGCUUCUUAGAAUCAAGUAAUACUAGUAAUACCUAGGUGGCGCUGGUUGUUAACUCAUCAUGGCUGGCACUAUUCUGUGACCGGUGCAUAAUGACCAAUCCUACCUAUUUUUUAUAUAGGCAAUUUACUUUAAAUUGUAAUUUUUAAUCGUUGUUUUAUCAUUAAGACAUUGUGCUGAGCCAUCCCAAUAAAUUAGUAAGUGAU